AUGGCAUCUUUCAUACACGUGACAUCGAGGCUUCUGGUUUGGUUUAAUUUUCACUUUCUUCUCAAUGAGUCUUUCACUGAAGUUCGAUCUCUCAAAAUGCGCCGAUCUUCUAGGAUUACUACUGCUAGGGAGACAGAUGAUACUGUCGAGCUUGAAGCUGUUCCCGAGAACCCCGAUGUUGAAGUGAGCUUGACCUUCCCCGAAGGCGGCCGGGAGGCAUGGAUAUGUCUGACAGGGUCAUUCUUGAUGAUGUUUCCCUCUUUUGGUUUUCAGACUGCAGUUGGGUCGGUUCAAGACUAUAUUGUUACACACCAGCUGGCAGAAUACGGAGAUCGAGACGUGGGCUGGAUCACAGCAGUGCUUGUUUUCUUGACCUUAUUCCUUGGUGUUCAGUUCGGACCACUAUUUGAUCGGUAUGGACCACGAGUUCUGUUGGUCUGCGGUUGUCUUGGCAAUUUUCUCUGCUACAUACUGCUCGCAGAGUGCUCGAAAUACUGGCACUUCAUGCUCUGCCUUGGUGUACUGGGCGGCAUCUCCUCUGCAGUGAUUACUACAGUCUCUAUAGCGGUGCUCAGUCACUGGUUUAACCGAAGACGUGCUCUAGCCUCUGGAAUCUGCAUGGGCGGCUCAUCAGCCGGCGGUGCAAUCAUUCCAUUGAUGCUACGGGACCUCUUCCAACAAUAUGGCUGGUUGUGGGCUAUACGACGCCUACCUACGAGUACCAAGAGCCGGGCAACUAUCGAUUUUGCAGCUUUCAAGUCUCCUCGGCUCUGCUUUCUCGCCGUGGCGGUAUUCUCUUUUGAGUUCAUUAUCUUUGGCUGUGCCGCUCUUCUCCCAUCAUACGUUCGAUACAGCGGGUUCCCCACGAAUGCACAAUUCUAUUCUCUUACCGUGUUGAAUAGCAUGAGUCUUGUUGGGAGAGUUCUUCCCGGCUUUGCUGCAGAUCAAGUCGGACGGUUCAACAUCCUCUUGAUCCUGGUUAUCAUCACGAUGAUAAUUCUGGCUGGAGUCUGGUUACCGUACGGAUCCCAUGACGAGGUUACACUCUAUGUUGUUGUUGCCAUCUUUGGAUUUGGCUCCGGCGGUUGGCUGUCUCUAGCUCCUGUCUGUGCAGGGCAGCUUUGCGAUACUAAAGACUACGGUCGGUUCUAUGGCACCGUGUACAGUGUUGCAUCUUUUGGAGUGUUGCUCACUGUACCAAUUGGAGGCCAGCUGCUACAGUCAACAACUCCCCAAGUUCUCAUUGGAUUCUACUCUGCCGUUUUGCUCGUCGGACUGGUUUCUGUUUCACUGUCUCGUUGGGCCAUCCUGGACUGGAAAUGGAAGUGGAAAGUAAAGGUAUAG